AUGAUGCAGAAUGAUUCAGCCAAGUGCCAGAGUGAUCCAACGUUGACGGGAACGUGUACAAACUAUACCAAAAAGUGGUUCUACUCCCGCAGCUACAGGGAGUGCAUCAUGUUCCAUUACGGAGGCUGUGGUCAAACGAAGAAUUUAUUCGACUCUGAAGAGCACUGCGAAUCCUUAUGCCUGGGCUUGGGUGACUACAAACAUCGUGUUGCUCCCUUAGAGAAGUGCGAUGAUGUGCCGACAGAGACGGGGCCCUGCCAGGGGGAAUUCGAGAUGUGGCGCUUUGACAAUGUUAAUCGGCAGUGCGAGUCCUUCAUCUAUGGAGGCUGCCAGGCCACAAAUAACUUUUUUGAGACUGGCAUGCACUGCGUGCUGAACUGCCUCAAACAUCACGAGUUUUAGAAUUUAAAUAUAA